AGAAUUAUCACCCGUAACACCGAGAAGGCAAACUACCAUGAGAUCGUCGCAUUUGACUACAGAAGAGGCAUUUUCCAAGUUAAGACUGGACGUGGUAAUAAAGGAUCCGCCAAGGGUGGUAAAAUACAAAGUGUGGAUAUGAGAGAGAUGAAAUGCACAUGUAACAAACCAUCCAUAUAUCACUUACCUUGUUCUCAUGUUCUUGCCAUCGAGGGACAUGCCGUGCGCACCGAUGGACGCCUACUCGAAAGCUGGCAAGACAAAGUCCAUAGAUGAUUAGGAGUCCGACCUCCGACAGAGGUAACCAAAGGGAGUAGCCUGCGCGUAACAUGGCUUGCACAGAACUUCUCGCACCUCCCUGAAGGUGCUGAUCAACUGGCGCCAUGUCGCUCGUUGGAUGCGCAGGCUAGAGCUGUUGGCCCAAGGUGCGCCGAUCGAGGCUGUAGGCGCACCUACUUCAGCAGAUUACAUGCUGUGGUUUCUCUCUAUCACUCGUCGAUGGAUGACACCACGAGGUAUCAUGGCGGCAGCCCAGUACACUCCCGCAGCAUCGACGAUGACACAUUUUGCACAAGGCAUUGCAUCGGUCAUCAGCUCCUCCCAAGAAGAGCCCGUACGGGAGAUUGCCCAAGGCAUACUCCGAGGAACGCAGUUUCAACACUUCAUUUCGGAAGUGACUGCGCCCCACACCACUAUAUACGAGUACGGGUCAUCUCCUCAUCAUGCCGACGUUCAUCUUGAGGAGGUUGACUUAACGUGCCCGGACUACGGUGCCGGGUCCUCACAGGGUGCCACAUCAUCACAGUAUUAAUGACCUCCCCUACCCGAGCGUCAUGCGACGACCUCUUACUAUCGUAGGAGGCGUCGUAAACCGUCACAGUUAGACAGGGUACAGGAGGAGGAUUAGCAUUAGAAUACUGUUUGUAUAUAUUGAAUAUUAGUGACAAUUUGUGUAUAUUGAACAUUUGUACAUACUCAAUAUUUGUAACAUUUGGUCUUUUGUGUAUAAAUUGUAAUAUAUAUGUAGAUGUAUAUAUUUUUAUCGUAUUAUCACAUGUUUAUUAUGAAUGAAAUGAUGUUAGGUACACAGAGUUUUCAGCGAUGAAUCAUUCCGUUAAGAAUGCAAUAUGAAUUUAAUAAAAAAAAAACAGACAAUCAUAUUCAAAUAGGAAAAAUGCUCUUGAAAAUUCUACAGAAUUUCAUUCAUGUUCAACGAAUACAUAUCAAAUUACAUAGUUCAUUCGUUAACUUAAACCACCGACGCUAACUAAGAUUGCUUCUUAAACUUUCUCAUAAUCCUUUCAGUCUCUUCUUUCCUAUGUGACAUAUCAUCUAUUUGUCUCUUGAGAUUACAAUCCUCAUCUAUAAGCUCUUGUUUUUCUUUUUCAAGCCGUAUUAUUAGGUGUCUCUGCCAUUUGGUACCCUCCGGAUCAAUCCAUCUAAAGUAUGUGCAUCGUAAUCCUUCAUCUAAAGUAUGUGCAUCGUAAUCCUUCAACCAAGUAGAAAGGACAAGCAACAAAAUCACGCCCAGGAUCAAAGUCGCUCCAAUGUGUAUUAAUCUCAACUUCAUAACUACAAUCACAAAGCUCUUCAAUACAAUGCUCCUUUGACAUCUACGGAAUACAUAUAACAUAGUAACGUAAGUCAACUUUCAAAAAUAAUAUUAACAUUUAUAAAUUGAGAGUAAAACUGACAUAAUACCUUAUGUUACCUUUAUAAAUUGAUUCAAAAGAACAAGAAUGAUGUAGAUUACAUAUAAUGAAGUAGGAAAAUAAUGGAUUUAUUUAUAGAACAUCAUUACAACAGCUAUUUUCUAAAUGAUUGACACGUUUCAUAGGGGGGCUAAAGGCUGCAAAACCUAAGGAGUAAGUUCUAAUAAAUAUUGAUAAUUUGUGAAUUUAACAAAUCACUUUUAUGUGGUAAGAUUUAAUAGAGUGAGAGUUUUGUGAUUUUAAUUUAACUUUUUUGAUUUUGUUUAUUUUAUUAUAAUUAUUUUUGUCUUUUUGUUGUGAUUUACAAAUCACGAUUAUUAAUUAGGAAUUAUUGCCUAAUGAUAGCUGUUGACGU